AUGCGCUUCCACAUAAUCUCCGCACUGCUUUGUGCAGUCGGAGUACUUGCUGCUCCUAGCACACCCCACGAAGUCAAUGGACUCGCUAUUAGUGAAGAUGGAAAGUGUGGUGGUUCUACAGGCCAGACAUGCUUGAACUCAUAUCUUGGCGAUUGUUGCUCAAAAGCCGGAACUUGCGGUGAAGGUGCUUUCUUCUGUGGAUUGGGUUGUCAGAAGCAGUUUGGUGCUUGUGUUCCUACCUACAAGGGCAAACUUGUCAGUCAGAACGGCAUGUGCGGUCACGAUGUGACAUGCAAAGGCUCAAAAUUUGGCGAGUGCUGCGGAAAGAACAACUGGUGGUAUGUGUAG